GAAAGGGGAGACGCUAAAAUAGUUUAUAAUAAAGUUUUAUACCGCUUCGUCGGGGGCUUUAUUCAAUUAAGAUUUAAGGUCUUAGUAGAUAUUCGUUACGAAUCGCUAGUUCAACUACCGGAGUAUAUACUACCUUAUAGGCAUAUAAUCUAUAAUAACUACGUUAUUAUAUAUAGAACUAAAAGUCCCCGUACGGAGUACUAUAUCGACCUACCGAAAUACCUUAUCUAUAAUAAGGCUAUAAAUCUUACGAUUCAAAGGCGGAUUAGCGGAAUAUCGAUAGUAUAUAUCGCCGAUUUAUUUGCCGGGACAAGUAUUAUACGACUCGGAAAGACUAGAGGAUACCUUAUAAAAAGUAGUCGACCCCUAACGCCGAAUAUUCGAUAUCACGACGAUAAGCUCUACUACUUUUUCCGAUCAAAAUCCCUUCUAAGCUUUAGUACGCUAUAA